AUGGGUGGUUCGGUGUCCUGCUGCAUCUCUCGGAGUGAGAGGCCCAAGAACGACGAGAAAGGAGUGGAGUUAGAGGAAUGUCCUUUUACUACAGAGGAUGUGAGUGAGGACACUGGGACCUACAUACAACACAUCAGUGACAGAGAACUCCCUGAUGAGCUGGCCCAAGAGACCAACCCAUCAGACCACCCAAGAGCCAGCACCCUCUUCCUCAACAAAUCUCAGACUGAUGUGCGCGAGAAAAGGAAAAGCAUCUACAUAAACCAUACGUCCCCUGGUCUUCUGACAAGGAAGUACAGCUCCUGCUCGACGAUCUUUCUCGAUGACAGCACUGUCAGCCAGCCCAACCUUAAGACCACCAUUAAAUGUGUGGCCUUGGCCAUAUACUACCACAUAAAAAACAGAGAUUCCAGUCGCUCACUGGACAUAUUUGAUGAGAAGAAACACCCACUCUCGCAUGAGAAGGUUGCAGAUGAUUACUAUGCUGUGAACCCCGAGCACAGGCUCAUUUACCGCUUCAUACGCACUCUGUUCAGCUCUGCACAGCUUACUGCUGAGUGUGCCAUCGUGACACUGGUGUACCUGGAGAGACUGCUAACUUAUGCAGAGAUGGACAUCUGUCCUUCUAACUGGAAGCGCAUCGUCCUAGGUGCCAUACUGCUGGCCUCUAAAGUCUGGGAUGACCAAGCAGUAUGGAACGUUGACUACUGCCAGAUCCUUAAAGACAUCACUGUAGAAGACGUGAAUGAGAUGGAGCGAAACUUCCUUGAGUUGCUCCAGUUCAACAUCAAUGUCCCGGCUAGUGUCUACGCCAAAUACUACUUUGACUUGCGCUCGUUGGCUGAUGACAACAACUUUGGUUUCCCACUGGAACCGCUCAGCAACAAACAGGCCAAAAAGCUGGAGGCCAUCUCCAGGCUUUGUGAGGACCAGAACAAGGAUCUGAACAAAUCUUCUUUGCGCAGGUCUGCGAGUGCAGACAACUUGACUGCUAUCAACACAAAGGCAGUGCUGUCAUAA